AUGAAACCGGUGCUGGCUCCUAACUGGGAGGUCUCAUCUGGGACAGAAGCACAUAGGAGGCAGAAACCACCCAACACAACCCUGAAGCGAGCAGUGGUCUCGCUGCUGCCCGUCCCGUGCAGCCGGUUCCUCUGGAGCCAGCCGCACCAGUACCGUGGCAGCAAGUUCUUCCUGGGUGCCGCCUUCGGGACCCUCCUCGGCCUCGGGCUCUGCCAGCUCCUCAUCGUCCCCCUGGACAUCACGGAGGAGCGCAAGAUGCAGAUCUCGUGUGUGCUGGCGGGGGUGACCACCUUGGGUUGGGCCAUAUCCCCCCACUUUCGCUGCACCAGCCUGCUCAUGAUCCCCAAGUUCCUGGGCAAGGAGGGUCGGGUCUACGUCCUCUCCUUCGUCCUCGCUGCCAUCUACAACGGGCCGGUGACAAACACUUGGCACAACCUGGAGGAGGUGACACGCUCCAUGGGCUGCGUGGCCGAGAUGCAGGUCAACCACAGCCGCCACCUCUGGCAAAUGUCGACGGCCCCUCUGCGUGGGAUGUUGGACAACAUGGUGCGGAGCGGGGACAACCUGGAUGCUGAGGUGAAGGACAUCGCGCACGCCUUCGUGGAGCUGAAUGAGGAGGUGGCCAGCGACACGGGCUACGUCCUGCGGCAACACCAGAACCAGAACCACCAGCCGGUCCUCAGCACGCAGGAGAUGUACGAGAAGAAGACCAAGCUGCGCUGCGAGUAUGUGAUCGAGUUGGGUAUGCGGCGGUGCCGGGAGUGGUUCAGUGAGAAGUACGACGCUUGCAUGGACACGGUGUAUGUGCCCCUCAUCAACCACUUCCUCUGCCUGCCCAUGAAGACGACGUUCGUCUGCAACAUUGUCAAAGUCAUGCACACCUGGUGCACGAACAACAUCCCCGUGGACAGCAACUUUGGGCAGAUGUAUGACCAGGUGAACGACACCGUCAACAGUUUCAGCCAGGACUUCAGCGCCAGCGUGGUCGUCGAGGAAGAGAGCCGUGAGAUGCUGAUGGGCAUCAACGUGUCGGCGGAGGUGCUGAUGGAGGAGGUGACCUUGCACCUGCAGCAGCACAGCACCUACCUGGCCAAGGCCAUCUCCAUCUUCAGCUUCCUGCUCUCCUUCACCUUCCUCCUCGUCUUCAUCUCGUCUUUCUUCUACACCAAGAAGUACUGCCAGGACAUCCGCUUCGACAACAUCUACAUCACCACGUACUUUCGCCAGAUCGAUGCCCGCCGCAGGAAGCAGCAAAAGCGGACGCUGCUGCCUCUGCGCCGGGCAGAGAUCUCGGACGUCAUCUUCCCCUGUCGUUUGGCCAUACAGUCACCUGAGAGGAAGAACAUGGUGCUGGAGCUGCUGGAAUGUAUCCCACCUCUCCUUCUCUUCCUCCUCAUCUGCAGCCUGGACCACGUGCUCUUCACCAUGCUCAGCAUCAUCCAGCAGCACUCCUACACCCAGUACUCCUUCUACAGCAGCUACCACCUGUCCGUGCACGUGAUGGGCAAAUCGCUGAUGGCACGGCUCUUGCGGAGCACCAUCGGUGCCCUCAACGCCUCCUCUACCACCCAACUGGAGACAUCCAACAUCGCUUGCUUGCCACGUCCGCGGGGCAUGACGAGGGAGCAGUACGUGAGGAGCUGCCUGCCCUUGGUCGCGUUGGUCUUGCUCUGCUUGGUCCAGGUCUACACCUACCGCUUGCGCCGCGUUAUCGCUGCCUUCUAUUUCCCCAAGCGGGAGAAGAGCCGGGUGCUCUACCUCUACAACAAGUUGCUGCAGCAGCGGCUGAGCUUCAUCCGCCGGCAGCAGAAGCGCAUUGCCCAGCGGGCAUCGCAGCCGCCGGGACUGGGGACGUUGUUGCUGCAGUGGUGCCCGUGCCUGCGCCGCUGCAUUCGCCGGAGCUGCACGGUGUGUGGGGAGCCCAAGACCCCCCGGGAUCGCAUCUGCUCCGCACCCGCCUGCGGCGCCUCCUACUGCGGGCAGUGCUGGAGGGAGGCCGGCAGCGUCUGCCUCGCCUGCAGCCCCGCGCUCCACGGCUUCUCGCAGGACAGCAGCGAGGAGGACGUCUGGUACGACGAUGCAUGAGGUGCCCGGCAAUAAAAGUUGUGUUCAAAGAGUAGUGGUGAAUGGAACUCAAUCCAGUUGGGAACCGGUCACACACGUGGUGCCUCCGGGGCUCUGGGUUGGGCCAAGUCUGUCUAAUAACUUCAUCCACGAUGUGGACAAAAGGGCUGGAGUGCUCCCUUAGUCAGUUUGGAGAUGAAACCAAGCUGGGAGAGAGUGUGAAACUGCUGCAGGGUAGGGAGGUUCUGCAGAGGGAUCCAGCCAGGCUGGAUCCAUGGGCUGGAGGGCAGGAAGGCUCUGCAGGAGACCUGGAUGCGCUGGAGAGGUGGCCAAGGCCAAUGGGAUGAGGUUCAUCCAGGCUUGUAGGAGCAAGGCUGGGAUCGUCCCCCUGGAUGUGGCGCUGGUGGGGCCACACCUUGAAUCCUGGGUUCAGCUUUAGGCCCCUCACUCCAAGAAACACCA